CCUGCUGCAGUGCGGCAGCAGCAUGUUCCAGGUGCGGCAGAAGCUUCCUGCCACUAAAGCUGUUAUCGUACCUGGGAACGGGUCAGGCGAUAUCGAGCAAGCCAACUGGUGUUUGGAACACCCUGGAUCAGGCACCUGGCUUCUUUUCCUCGUCAAGCUGUGUGCCCCAGUCUCUGCUUCCCUUUUAUGAGGUAUUUCUGUUAUGACGUUCAGCCACUUGACAGCAUAUGGAGGAGAAAGUUAGCACAGAAAUAAGGGAUCGCUCUUAGUGAGAUGCAAGCACAAGAGUGCAGUGAUUGGUCCCCCAAGGGAGAACCCCAAAAGAUACCUGGUUUCCAGUGUAUACUUCGAAAUAUGCCUGACCCAAUUACAGCUCGAGAGAGAAUCUGGCUGCCAUUCAUGGAAUCAGAACUCCAUUGCGAUGAGCAGACUAUCAUUAUUGGACACAGUUCUGGUGCGGCUGCUGCCAUGAGGUUUGCAGAAACUCACAAGGUGUAUGCAGUUAUUUUAGUGUCUGCUUACGUUUCCGACUUGGGAGAUGAGAAUGAAAGAGAGAGCGGAUACUUUAACCGACCUUGGCAAUGGGAGAAGAUCAAGGCUAACUGCAAUCGCAUUGUGCAGUUUGCUUCCACAGAUGAUCCUUUUCUUCCCUGGAGUGAGCAGCAGGCAGUGGCCAAUGAGCUCAACGCAGAGCUUUACAAGUUCACAGACAGGGGCCAUUUUCAGAGCAGUGAAUUCAAUGAGCUAAUCAGUGUGGUCCAGGGAAUACUCAACAGGGCUGCUUAAAGCAGGGCCUGUUCAUUGUGUGUAAAAAGAAAAGGAGGACUUGUGGCACCUUAGAGACUAACAAAUUUAUUGGCGCA